AACCGGGUAGGACACGUAGUAAUGGGUUUAAACUGGAUAAAUUCAGAUUCAACAGGGACAUAACAAAAAUUGGUUUAUUAACAGAGUGGUAGAUGAGUGGAACUGGCUGGGCAGUCAUGUGGUUAAGUGCCAAUACAAUUGUCACAUUCAAAAAUAGAUUAGAUAAAUUCAUGGGCAGUGAUAUUAGGUGGGGUUAACGGGAGCUUAGGUUCAAAGGAGCUGCCUUGUACAGGCCUACCGGCCUCUUGCAGACUCCUACGUUGUUAUGUUCUUAUGUUCUUUUUUUCUUCUGCCAACAUUGUUCUCCUCAAACCGGCCCCUCUCAAGCAGAUGCUUUCCAGAGAGCGAAAGACGCCCUCGCCGCGGCAGCCCUCCUUGCUUUUCCAGUUCCCGGGAAGCCUCUCAUCGUCAUCACGGACGCCAGCAACAUCUCCAUUGGCGCUGUUUUGGAACAAAUCACCCAUGGCCAGCCACGCCCUUUGAGUUUCUUCAGCCGCAAACUCAUUAAGGCUGAAAGGAACUACUCCCGCCUUCGACAGAGAACUUAUCACUGUCCACCAAGCCGUCCGCCAUUUCCGCCACUUCCUGGAGGGUGCAACCUUCACCAUCCAGACCGACCACAUGCUCUUGGUUCACGCCUUUACUAGACAGACGGACGCCUGGUCCCCACGACAUCGCCGGCACCUCUUAGCCAUCUCCGAGUUUAACUGCACCUUCAGACAUCUGCCAGGCAGGAAGAACCCCUUAAGGCGCGUCCACACUAGCGGGCAAUGCCCGCGGGCAGAAGCGAGAUAUUUGCCCGUUGAUGUUUUCUCCGCCUUUGCCCACGGGCAGAUGAGUAAACUGCCCGUGAUGAUAGUUGAGCGAUUUCACCGGGCACUGCCCGCUGCUCCCGGCAGUGCGUCUCUGCCAGACAUACGAGGUUACGAUAGGAGCUGUAUUAGAGCUAUGAUGUUCAGUUUGUCAGGGAUUUACACAACGUCCACAUCAGAACAUCAUGGCUAGCGCUCCGCCAAGCAAGAAUCAGUGGUCGAGACAUACAAUCCUUCACCUAAUUGAACUGUAUCGGCAACACCCAUGCCUAUGGCAGGUGAAAAUGGACAGAGACAAAAAAACGUGCAGCAUUCCAGAGUGUAGCAAAAGAAAUGCAAGAUGUAAGUGUGUACGCAACGGUGGAUGAAAUUAGAAAGAAAAUCGACACACUACGCAACCAAUACAGACGGGAACUAAGAAAAAAAGAAAAGUCAGAGAAGUCGGGGGCUGCAACGGCAGACAUAUACACACCAACACUGUGGUGUUUUGAUUCACUGUCGUUCUUAAAUGAUGGUGAUACAAUAGGUACAUCAGUAUGUAGCAUGGACCUCAGAGAAGGUAAUGAAGCUGGAUCUGCAUCGGAGAUACUUACACAAUCUGAUCAUGAGGUGCGUAUAGUGUCUGUGGAGAUGUACAAGGGGAUAGUUAUUAUAAUUGUUAUGCAUUCACCUUCAUUAUUUUAUCAAUCUUUACCUCUUCAGAUCUACAACGAUCAACAACUACUAGAACUUUUGGAAGAGUCUGAUGAUGUAACACCUCCAGUUACCACGUUUAUCACACCUACUGCAGCGUCUAUUUCUACCCCAGUUAGUACGAGUACAUCCUCUUCUACAACAACCAAAACGAAGAAACGAGCAUCAACAUCUACACCAUCAACAAGUGGCAAAAGAUCUUCGAAACCAGUUUCUGAUGACACAGACAGCAUCGUACAAGAAGCUUUCCAACAGCUAAAGGCACUAUCGUCAUCCAAUGACAACGACGGAAAUAGUGAUUUCGGGAAUGUUGUAGCUAAUGAUCUUCGACAGAUGUCUAAUGAGAACAAAAUAUAUGCUCAAAAACUAAUAAAUGACAUUCUCUUUCUAGGGAAAUUAGGUAAACUUUCAUCGUCUACGAUGAUUGUGGAAUAGUAAGCAAAGUUAAUGCUUCAAGGUGUGCCAUAACAACAAACAAUCAUUAUUACAUUAUGAUCCCCUUCUAAGAACAUAAAACCUAUGUUUCCCUUACUGAUAUACAUAUUUUUGUUAUUCUGUUACGUAAUAUUAGUUGUAAAUUAAUGAAGAAUAAAUUAUACUAACAUUAAAUUGUGUGCCAAACAUUAGCUAUAGAUAGGGUUUUGUAUACCACAUACGUUUAUGCAAUAUGUAAUAAUAAUAAUGACAAAUAAUAUAAUUCGGUUUAAUUACUGGUGUCUUGAAAAACAAGUAGUAUGACAAUUUGUUUCAAAUACUGAACGUACGUAUAAUAAAUUAAUAUACGUGUACAAGUGUGUUUGUAUAAACAAGUUACCUCUCCUUCAUAACUGUAUGUAAUCGUGCAUUAAUAUACAUCCUAUUACAAUUUACACUAAUGAGCGUACGAGUUCGGAUUUCAGUUAAACCUCACGUGACUACAUACUAGUGCAGACUGUCAAAGUCAGCUGAUCGUAUCGCCUCCUCCAUCCAUAUCAAUCCUUGAUCACUUUUUUAACAUUAUUUAAGUGUGUGGCGCAACACGGUUGUUUAUGUAAGUAAAAUACAUUAGUACGGGGGCCUAUAUUAGAUUUCUUAUCCUAAAGGUAUACCUCACUGGUAUAAAGACCUAUUACCUAUAAUGAGUACUAGUAAUAUAUGCAUACUGUCUUGAAAUGGGUAAUUUCACUACAAAUAUAUUCUUACCUGCAGGUAAUCCUCCUUCAGCACUUGAUAUAUAGCAUCACAUGUUUCAGGUAUUAUCUGCGACAAACUCUGCUUAGAAAUUCUUGAGGUGUACUGCAGAAAUGUGUAGGAACAUCCGUGACAGAGAUACAGGAGGGUGGCCUCCAGUCUAGCUUCUGCUGUUAUGCUGUCCCUCAGUCUGGUAUCCUGUUUCUCUAUAUAUGGUUUGACUUUUGCAAGGAGUUUAUAGAAAGUACUUGGGUCCAUUCUCACAUAGUUUGUGAACUCAUUUAUAUUUUCAGCUUGCAAUUCACGAAAAAUCGUAGCAUUACUUCCCAACUGUUUUCUAUUAGUUAGCCAGUCUUUACACCACUUCUUUUUCUCCACUUUGUCCUUUUUCUUUUUCAGGGACAGACCAAGUAUAAUGCGGUCCUUCUUGCCUCGCAUAUUGUCGUACCGCACAGUUUUCUGCCUGGCUGCACGGCUGCCCGCCUCUGACUGGGCCAGGCAGGCGUUGCUGUGUGGACGUCAGUUUCUGUGUGCGCGGCGGGCAUUGCCCGGCACGGGCAAUGCCCGCCAGGCUUUGCCCGCUAGUGUGGACGCACCUUUAGCCGACGCCCUCUCCAGAGUUGAGAUAGACUCAGUUCAACUGGGAUUCGACUACAACAUCCUUGCCAUGGAGCAGCAACGGGACUCUGAGACGACAGCGG